AUGGACACUGCACCACGCCUUGAUACUCCAGGCUUUGGCCAGUCUUUCGCCACUGCCAUCCGCCGCAACGGGCAAUUCGCAGACUCGCAGGAUCCAAACGCAUACGCUGUUCCAAAGCGACGCUUGCGCUCAACCUCCCGACAGGCAAAGCAGCACCAACUGCUUGCGGAGCUGGCCAAGAAGUCCGCCAAUACCAGUCCUCAUGCGCUACCUCGACUUCGCCGCGUGCGUGCCUUUUCGCCCUCGGAAGACCAUGUAUCGAGCUCUUCCCCGACGGUGUCAAUUGAAGUGAGCAAGGAAGACUGGCUUGAGAAUGCGAUUACCAAGACCAAGGCCAUUAUGCUGGACAUGGAAAAUGUCGAUCGCAUCACGCGCCGUCUAUCACUAUCUUCGGUUAGCUCUUUUGACACUUGCUCUUCUUGCGGUACCUUAAGCUCAAUCGGCAGCAACGGACCAGCAAGCCCCAGCUCACUUCAUCGGAAAGAUGCCUUGGAAGAUCUCAGAAGUCACUAUACUGCCAGCGAAAGCCACCACACUAGCAUCAAUCGUCUUUCCGCAAGCACAAGCUCGGGUGCAAGUGCUGCCACAAGCCUCUGGUCGAGCAUGACCGACGACGGCUCCGCAACAUCCAACGACACAGUGGUCUGGCGUGACGCUUACUGUCUCUGCGGCCGCUCCCAUCACCCAGCACACGGCCCCAUGAUCACCUGCGAUGUCUGCGAUGGCUCUUACCACGUACGUUGUGUGGGCAUGGAGCAUCUUGAAGCCACGAAUUACGAUGAGGCUUCUUUCACCUGCCCAUGCUGCGAAGAGGUUGCCUUCCGGGAGAUCAUCGAAGAGGAAGAAUGA